CGCUGGUUCCAGCCCUGGCACUCGCUGUCCUCCUCUGACGGGAAGGUCGUGGCCUGUGGCCCUGCGGCCAACUGUGCCGAGUGGAGCUCCAGCGUCCUCCCACUACCCCAUGGCCUCGCUUUACGUGGGAGACCUCCACCCCGACGUGACCGAGGCGAUGCUCUACGAGAAGUUUAGCCCCGCCGGGCCCAUCCUCUCCAUCCGGGUCUGCAGGGACAUGAUCACUUGCCACUCCUUGGGCUACGCGUAUGUGAACUUCCAGCAGCAGGCGGACGCGGAGCGUGCUGUGAACACCAUGAAUUUUGAUGUUAUAAAGGGCAAGCCAGUACGUAUCCUGUGGUCUCAGCAUGAUCCAUCGCUUCGAAAAAGUGGAGAGGGCUUCAUAUUCAUUAAAAAUCUGGACAGAUCCAUUGAUAAUAAAGCAUUGUAUGAUACAUUUUCUGCUUUUGGUAACAUCUUUUCAUGUAAGGUGGUUUGUGAUGAAAAUGGUUCCAAGGACUAUGGAUUUGUACACUUUGAGGCACAGGAAGCAGCUGAAAGAGCCAUUGAAAAAAUGAAUGGAAUCCUCCUAAAUGAUCGCAAAGUAUGUAUUGGAAGAUUUAAGUCUCUUAAAGAACGAGAAGCUGAACUUGGAGCUGUGGCAAAAAAGUUCACCAAUGUUUAUAUCAAGAAUUUUGGAGAAGACAUGGAUGAUGAGCGCCUUAAGGAACUCUUUGGCAAGUUUGGGCCUCCCUUAAGUGUGAAAGUAAUGACUGAUGAAAGUGGAAAAUCCAAAGGAAUUGGAUUUGUAAGCUUUGAAAGGCAUGAGGAUGCACAGAAAGCUGUGGAUGAGAUGAAUGGAAAGGACCUCAAUGGAAAACAAAUUUACGUUGGUCGAGCUCAGAAAAAAGUGGAACGGCAGAUGGAACUUAAGUGCAAAUUUGAACAGGUGAAGCAAGAUAAGAUCACUAGAUACCACGGUGUUAAUCUUUAUGUGGAAAAUCUUGAUGAUGGUAUUGAUGAUGAACGUCUCCAGAAAGUGUUUUCUCCAUUUGGUACAAUUACUAGUGCAAAGGUUAUGAUGGAGAGUGGUCUCAGCAAAGGGGUUGGUUUUGUUUGUUUCUCCUCACCAGAAGCAGCCACUAAAGCAGUUACAGAAAUGAAUGGUAGAAUUGUGGCCACGAAGCCAUUGUAUGUAACUUUAGCUCAGCGCAAAGGAUUGCGCCAGGCUCACCUCACUAACCAGUAUAUGCAGAGAAUGGCAAGUUUACAAGCUGUGCCCAACCCUGUAAACAACCCCUACCAGCCAGCACCACUUUCAGGUUACUUCAUGGCCGCUAUUCCACAGACUCAGAACCGUGCUGCAUACUCUCCUCCUAGCCAAAUUGCUCAACUAAGACCAAGUCCACACUGGACUGCUCAGGGUGCCAGACCUCAUCCAUUCCAAAAUAUGCCAGGUGCUAUCGGCCCAGCUGCUUCUAGACCACCAUUUAGUACUAUGACACCAGCUUCUUCACAGGUUCCACAAGUCAUGUCAGCACAGUAUGUUGCUAACACAUCAACACGGACAAUGGGUCCAUGUCCUGCAGCUGCAGCUGCAGCUGCUGCAGCUACUUCUGGAGUUCGCAAUCCUCAGCAACAUCUUCAUGCACAGUUACAGUUUACAAUGCAGCAGCCUGCUGUUCAUGUACAAGGUCAGGAACCUUUGAUUGCUUCCAUGUUGGCAUUUGCCCCCCCUCAAGAGCAAAAGCAAAUGUUGGGUGAACGGCUGUUUCCUCUUGUUCAAGCCAUACACCCUACUCUUGCUGGUAAAAUCACUGGCAUGUUGUCAGAGACUGGUUCAGAACUUCUUCCUAUGUUCGAGUCUCCAGAGUCACUGUUUAAGGUUGAUGAAGCUCUAGCUGUACUACAAGCCCACCAAGCUAAAGAGACUGCCCAGAACGCAGUUAACAGUGCCACCACUGUUCGAACUGUUUAAAAUUGAUCAGGGACCAUGAAAAGAGACUUGUGCUUCACUGAAGAAAAAUAUCUAAACAUUAAAAAAUGUAAAUAUUAUGGAAAAAAUUGCAAAUAAAUAAAGGAAACUUUGAACCUUAUGUACCUAGCAAAUAUCAGGUCUAGCAAACACAAUGCUAGUCCUAGAUUACUUAUUGAUUUAAACACA